AUGCGCGGCACAAGCUGCUCAACUAGUGGACCGUCGGCGUCUCUCGAUUCGCCACGCUGUCUCGCCGCUUCCGUCUGUCAUGUUCCGUUGUCCGCUGGUGUCGCUCAUACAUUAGCGGUGCCGUGUUUCGCCGACACAGAAGUCUAUUAAAGGAGCAUGCGAGAAGACCAUUUAAGGAGCACAGCUUGCCGAGGUCAUUAAGGGUAUCAGCUGGUUGGUUGCAUGUGGCGGCGUCGGUCAAGGAGCUCCCAGGAAGCUAUUGUUUUCCACGGCGCCGGCGGUCCUCCCUUUUCCCGACACCCUCUUGCGCAACCCCGACCGUUUGCGCGAGGAAUUAUGGCCGCUUACGGUAAGAGUAAUCGGAAAUGGUUGUUAAGUGGGUUCAGGACAGGAGAACUUGAAGAAUCGAGCUUCACUUUGUGGAUUUUUCAAGAACUGGCCAGAAAAUUCUUUGAUCUACCGAAUAAAUUUUCUGAAUCUCCCACCUUCCAAGUUUUUGAGAACGAACACUUCAGAGUCCAAGAAAAUCCCCAAACCCCUAAAAAUUCGGGCUCCGAUUCUUUAUUUUUUCGAAAACUGGUCAUUUUUGCAGAUUGAAACUUUCAGAAUUCACUUUUGUUGUAUCAAGGAAUAUUCUGGUCAACACUAAGCUGAAAAAAAUGAUCUUUUUUUCUAGAAGUAGACCUUUUUCCAGAAAACAUGGACAAACUGGUUCAAAAUAAGUAAUAAUAAACUUUUAAAAAUAAUUUCAACGAAAAUACGACAACUUCAUUAAAAUCUUACCUGGAAAUUUUUUGGCAAAAAUGAAAUUCUUCAAAAGGAAUCGAACCUUGAUCAUUGUCACCGAAGCGGAAGGCACUAGCCACUACACUAUCAAGCAAACUGGAGUUGGGGGCGAGUACGCGAGCCAGAUUUCCGUGUACCACUGAUUUAGUGGGCAAAAAAAUGAAAACAGUUCCCAAGUAAGAGAAAAGAUCACUUUAUUUUUAGCUUUUUGAAGUCUCUUUGCCAGUUCCUGUCUUUAAUGUUAGUUUCACAUGUAUUCUUUAAUUUUUAUUUCCUUCUCAUUUUUCAAAAAUUAAGAAGUUCAAGACUCCUUCAGCCAAGAUCUGAAGUGGAAAAAACAUGAAAUUUCUUUGUAGAAUUCUUUAAAACUUCCCUAUACCUUCUAGAAGCACUUACUCCCUACUUUCCGAACUCAUCCCAAGCCGCCCAACUCGGCAAACAAACAACCUCAAAAAGGAAGUUUGCUCGGGCGUAACUUCCUAGGAGGUGGUGCCGACGACAGGCGCCGCUGCCCGACUUCCUGCAGCGACAGUCGUUUUAGCACCUCUAGGUAAACAAGUCGGGGACAUCUUGAACUGUAAAGGGUUGUAGAAAGGUACAGUAAUACUCAUGAGCUUGUUCUUAGGAUAUUCGUAAUUUUAGAGGUUUUUCAGAAAUGUAGAACCUAAAAAAACUUCUCCUGGUUUUUCAAGCUGCAGAUCUCUUCAAAUUGCAUAUUUUGAAAGAUUUUUUUUUUUGAAUACUUCAACUCAUCUCGUCUUCAACUGGAAGUCAUACAUCAAAAUAGCACUAUAGCAGCUUUUGAGAAAGUUCGUCCGACCUCUAAACGACUUGCGCAUCAUGGAAAAAAAAAACCUAAAAUUUGAUCAAAAUGAGUUCCAACCGCUAGGAUUACUAAGCUAGUACUAUCAUUGAAAAAUGAUCGUAAUAUUUUUGGAAUGAAAUUUUUUUAAUUUGAUAAUUUGAAACAGUAAUUUUCAGUAAGAUUUCAAAAAUUCACUUUUCAAAUCUAAAAAAAGAUCUCCUUUUUUUAAUUUUGGAGAAAAAAAUGAAAGCUUUGGCUUUUUUUCUCUUUGAAUACAGAUCCUGAAAUCUUCAAAAUAGGCAAAAAAACUGAUUUUUUUUUUUGCCUCAUGAACUGUGAGGUUCAAAAAAUUAUUGAAAACAAUUUUCCGGAUAAAAUAUUUUUUUCAAAUUUUUGGAAGACUUGAAAUUAUCUCUAUGGUCCUUACACUCUUACACUUUGAGGGUUCAUAACUUUUUUCACAGAGCUCUUCGGCCGUUUUUGAGACUAGAUUUGAGAUCAGCAGGAAAAGCUACAUCUAGAAAACUUGGUCUCAUUGAGAGGUCCCACUGCGACCGGAGACCAUUCCCUGGUUACGCGAUUUAAAAAAAGUUUAAAAAAAGUUAGGUUAUUAGUUGGCCCCUUUUUUUCUUUUUGUUUCCAAAUUUCGAAGAAGGUUCCAAGAUCAAAUGAUUUUUUUCUCAUUUUUCUUUUUUUCAAGCUUCAAAAAAUCAAAUGAUUUUUUCUCAUUUUUCCCUUUUCAAGCUUCAACCUCGACUUUCCAGAACCAGGAAAUGAAAUUCAUCAAUCAUUUGGUGUUCAUGUUGAACUAAUGCGAUUCCGUGCCCUUCACAGCCCAAUUUGUAGCAUCGUGGUGGGAGAAAAGGAAAGACGAAAAACACCUGCCAGCGGAGAAAAGCGGAAAUAUUUACCCGCAAUUUGAUGGUUAAUCACGCUGUCGUUCGUAUGGUGCACCGUUUAAGUAAUGGCCUACCAAGAAGACAGCCAGGAUUUCGGAAGGAAAGCAAAUUUGAGACGUUUUUGAGCUUCUCAACAGAAAAAGUCGUGUUAAAAGUGAUUUCGCGACGUUCGAAAUAGCCGUCAGAAAAUGAAAAAGAUAACUAAAUUUUGGAGAGGCAGAGAAAGUUUUGAAACUACUUUAAACACAUUAUUUUCCAUUCAAUCGGCGUGGUUUUUGAAAUUUUUUUAAAAAAAUGAUUUUUUUGGUAUUUUCAUAAUUUUUCCCAAAUAUCCUUUGAAGGUCCUGCUUAGAUAAAAUCUCCUCUUGUCGCGAAAUUUCGAACGUCGCGAAAUCACUUUUAACACGACUUUUUCUGUUGAAAAUCUCCUAUUGCUUAGAUAAAAUCUCCUCGCAAAUUUUUUUUUGAGGCUCCAACUUUCUCAAAUUUGCAUUCAACAACAAAUCAAGCAUUUUAUUAAUGGUCAGUCGUUUAAAAAAAUUCAUUUCUUCAAAAUAAUAAAUUGCUUUUUUUGAAAACUUCAAGCACCAUAGAUACAGCGAAAAUUUCUAUACUAAUGUUAAUGUGAAAAAAAAAACCUUACAUUUUUUCGUCCUAAGAUUUUUCAAAACCGAGAACAACACCCGAGGAGCAAUGUAGCCGAAUUCGGUGAAGCGAGGAGCUUGAGAUGGCCGAUUGGCUGGACACGCCCACCCGCCGGAGCCGGUGGCGAUGGCAAGUGGGCUCAGGCCACGCCCACCUCGCCGGACGGCUCGACGAUCGUGUCGAAAAGGAAGGAAGAAGGAAACGGAUGCGCAUGGAAGUCGUCUCCGCAGCCGCCGCCGCAGCGUCACUCGCCAAGCCUCCGAACGGCCGCGCCAAUGUCGCCAACGUCGCCGGCGUCGGAGCCGCCAAACCCGACGUCGUCAACUUCCCCUUCUUCGUGAGUGCCUUCUGAUAAUUAGUCGUCGCAUCCGUCGGCCCCCGGAUGUCGGUCAUUUUGCCUGAAAAGCCGAGACUCCCUUUCACUUGGUCUUCGCCGAGUUCUUUCUCACAAGUUGAUUAGGCUGAACUUCUAGGUCUUCCUGUCAUUUUAUUUUUGUCUAUCUCGCGUUUACGUAAACCUUAGGAGUCCUUCUUUGAGUUUUAAGGUUUUUUCAGGGCUGAACUUCGAUGUUUUCUAGAUCUAUUUCAUGUCUCAAAUGAGCUUUGGAGACUUGCUUUGAGUUUAGCCGAGUUCCCGAUACUUUUCAGGAUUCAGUGACUGGCCCUCUAGAGCUUCGGUGUAACAUAUUUUCGUUUAAAAUGAACUUCUAGAAUUUUCUCUUUGAAUGAAGGUCCAGGUUUUUCUCAGGAUCGAUUUGCUUAGGCAUAACUUCUAGGUCUUCCAAGUGUUCUGUUGAUUGUUUUUUCGUUUCAAAUGAAGUUCUAGAAGCCUUGUAAACUGAAUCAAAUAGUCUCCUAUCUCUCUCUAAAAUUUCUAUAAACUCCUGAGAGCGUGAAGCUUCUACUUUUGGUUCAGUCAAGGUCCGAAUGUUUUUUUAAUGAUGAAAAACGUUAUGCUGGGCUUCAAGGUCUUAUUUUUUUAAGCUUCUUGAUAUUUUUUGAGCUUCUUUGAACUUUUAUGAAUGUAUCGUUGAGUAUGAGAGUCUUCAUGAAUUUUUCAGAAUUUUGAUGGAAUUUACAUAUUUUCCGGAAUAAUCUUUGCUUAAUUUUCUUCGGAUGUUCCUUUUUCAGGUUGAGGAUGGUGUACUGAUUUUAUUGAUCUUACCAGCGAUUAGAAAAUUUUUGGGUAGAGAUGUAGGUUUUUUUAAGUUUUAGGUGUUUUACGGAGCUUUGGAUGCCUCUGAUUUAAAGUUCCAUGUACUCUUUUAUAUUAUUAAAACAUUUCGAUAAUUUUUCCUCCAAAAUAUUUGUUCAGAAUGGGAUCCCGAGCGGCCCAACUCAUCGGCACAUGUUCUAUGAGCCGCCGCCCAAGCAAACACAGCAGCAACACGGUGAGACCGCGACUUUUUUUGAACUAUACUUUAAAACAUAAUAAUUGUUCUGGGAAGCUUCUAGGUCAUAGGAUUUCGAAAAAGGUCAAAAACUGGUUAGAAAUCUGGAAAAUGUAGAUUUUUUUAAAUCUAGUGUUUCUAGAUUACUGUACCUUUUCAAUUCAUGAAAUAUCAAUCAUCUGAAAAAUGAUAUUAAAGUUUCAUAAAGCCCAAAUUCAUAAGGAAAAAUGAUGAAACGCUGAAAAAAAACUGAAAAGAAAAAUUCGAUUGUCCAUGGAGCGCAAAAGUUGGUUUAUAAUGAGGCUAUUUUUGAGGCAGUUUUAUCAAAAUGGAAAAUGACUUAAAAAGGAAUGCACAGUGGGAAAAAAUAAUUAUUGAACAGAACAACUAAAAAAAAUCAAACUGCAUUUUUAUCCAUAGACCGCGGAACUUGCUUUCUCAUGAGGCUCUUUUUUCUCAUUUUCUAAGGAAUGAGCCCUAGAUUUCCAACAAUAUUUACAGUUUAAGUUAAAAAACUCUGAAAUUCAUCAAAAAAUGCGGAAAAGAUUAGCAUAUCUUGCCUAUUUUCAAACAGUUUUCUCGAUUUUUCCGGAAAAGUCACAAAAUACUGAUGAUGAGCUGCAGUCAGUGAUAUAGUCAAGUUGAGGAAUGACAAAAAAUAAAAAAAGAGAGAAGAAUGGCCUGGCGACACCUCAAGAAGCUGCAAAUCGCAUUUGAUCUCGCGCCUUUUAUGCAGGCCCCUGAUUCGGUAACCGAAUUUCCACGGGCCCCGGGCGCCGUCCCAACCGCGCUCGUUUUCAUUGUAUUUCCAGCUCAAAGGCCUCCGGCUUCCUCUUUUUAUUGUACAGAGCAGAAGUUUUUGGUUUUUUUUUUCUAAUAUCCAGUUUCUCUAAUUUAAAAAACCUAGAGUUUUGUCGUUCCUUUAGAAAAAUAGCCCUGUACCCUUUAUUUAUUGUAAAAAUCAAAGUCUUGGGUUUUUCGAAAUUUUUAAAAUUCAACUAGAGGUGCCAGGAUUACUUCCUAAAAUAGCCAUAAUAAGUCUGAGCUUCUGCGCUCCAUGGAAAAUUCGAAAAAAUUUAUAAAUUCGUUGUCACUGUUAACGCAAACUAAACGUGUCGUGAUCCCUUAAGUGAUCAUUCAGCGGUGUCAACCUAAGUGAUCACUAGAGUGGCUGAACUUCCCGUUUGCUCUGCCAAUGUCUGAGAUUCCUUACAAAUUUGAAUAGACUUAUCGGUUACUUCAAAAAAUCCCUGAACUGAAAACCAUCCGUAUUUUAAAACAGCCCGUCUUCAGACCCCUUUCUCGGCAUGAAUUUAUCGGUGAACGAGAAGGAGUCGUCGCCAUUCGCCUCGUCCGUCACGCCGAACAGCUCAAACAGUGGUAAAGACCAGGUGAGCAUCUUAACCUGAUGACGUCAUUUUGAACUCGAUUAAUGCUAUUUUCCACCUUUUGGAAUGGAAAAAUCAUUGCUGAAAUUGGCGUGACGUCAUCAGAAUACCUAAUGAUUCAAAACUUUUUUCAAGUUCUGUGAAUAAAUUUUGUUCGGUCAAGGUUAUUUUCUCAGUUUUCUUGACACCAUUUUCCGUUUAAUUGAUGAUUUUUGGACUUUACUUUUUGAUUCAGCCAAGUCGAUAAAUAAUCACAAAAAUCUCCUUUCCUGGAUUCAUUUUUUCUAAAAAUUAGAAAAUUUCAGAACGCCCAGCAGCAACAGCAACGCGACGGGUUCUACGAAAACGGCAACGAUUCUUCAAAAAAAUCAAGGCAAAUUAUUUUUUUAUUUUUUUGGUAGGGCUACGGUAAGAACUUUGUACGCUCUCGGCGUGUAUUUUGUCCUUCUUGGGAAAAAAAUUUGAAAAAAAUGUUUUUUUAAAAAGCUUUUUUUUUAAUCACUUUCAAAUGUCAUUCUUUUUAUUGUCAUUAAAGUUACGGUAAGAGUUUUGUACGCAUUUGGCGUGUAUUCUGUCCUUCUUGGGAAAAAAAAUACGGAGAUAAUUUUAAAAGCUUUUUUUAAAAAUGUCUUGAACGCUCUAUAUUUUAUUUUCUUUUGAAUCUUCGUUUUUAGAUGUGUUCAGCCUGUCGAUGCACGCUUUCGCUCCGUCUCAAAAACAAGAUGAACAGGUUUUUAUUGAUUUUUUUUCUUGUAUUUUUUCAAAGUUUCUUUUCAGAUUCAAGCGCAGUUCAACACCCUCAGCUCCUACUAUUCUGGCCUGAAACUGUCGAAUGCUUCAACUUUUCCCCCGCCAGGUACGGUAUCUUUCUACUGUAUUUUUAAAAGGGCUCAAGUUACUGUGAUCAUAAUGUAGACCUUUGAAGAUUUGAAUUGGCAAAAAAUGUGCUAAAAAAGGUUGAAGAGGAAAAAAAGUCCAGUUUUGAGAUUUCUCAUUGUCAUAUUUUUCCCUGGGUGCCGUACUUACGGUAGAACAAUAAACUGUAGCUACUCCAUACUCUGAGUCAUUUUUGCUUCCGAAAUUUAGCCUUGAAACUGAAAAAUCAGAUUUUUUUUUAUUGAUUAAUGAACUACCGAACCUACCUACUGUAGGUCAGUCACAAAAAAACUUGAAAGCGGCUGGGAAUUGAAAAUAUUUUGGCGCCUGCCGCUGAAAUUUCCGUUCAAUUUCCUGUUUCGCGACACCCGGGGCCCUUGUGAUAGGUAUAUUAUCUUCUGUUUCGAGGUGAAGAUAAUCAUUUGCUCAGUGACGUUAAAGAUUUUUGGGGAGUGGAUUGAAAAAUAAAAAUGAAUAAUUCAACUUUUGCGUUGAAAAAAAUAGACAGGAAAAAAAGGGAGAAUAGUUAUUUUACGUAAUUUUUUUGACUGCCUUUUUUUAUUCAAGUAGUUCAAAAAAAGAUUUUGUUAAAAUCUCAAUUUACACUUAAUAAGGCUUUGAGUGGUCACUUAAGGGGAGCCAAGAAUGUUUCAAAUGAACCAGUAAAAUGGACGGAAAUAUUUGAAAAAGGUUUUUUCUUCUUUGAUUUUCCUGGUCUUUCUGCUGUUUUUUCAAAUAUUUUUCGAAUUCGUUCAUUUUUACUGUAAUUUCUCGUCUCAUUAAUCUCAAAGUGGUCCCUUAAGAGGAGCCUAGAGAUUUCUUAAUGGAAAAAGGCCCGAUUCUUUUCCAAGUUUUUGAAAAAAAUUUUUCAAACCCCAAAAGAAUUUAAACUCAGAUCACUUAAGAUUCGUUCAGUAUAUCUACUAGUAAUAUCUUCCGACAAAAGUUUGCAAAAAGCUGCCGUGGGACGAAAAACAAAUCAAAAGUUACCGUACGCCACACGUCGCCGUAGCGCGCACUCAUCCAUCAAGCGAUACUUUAAUUGUUCUUUCGAAGCGGGCCAUUAUCCGUCCCCCGGCGGUUAUUAUGCGGUAAACGGCGUGGCUCAAAGACUCGGAGCGGGUUGUGCAAUAGAAGGAGUCUGUUUGUUGCGUACUAAACACCUGCCAGCCGACUGACCGUAAUCCCUUUUGGGUUUUCACGCAAACACGGCGGAUUAGGAUGGCCUCCUUUUAUGCGGCGGGCCCGUCUUGAAGCUCAUGUUUCGUCGGGUGGCAUCCACACUCGCAUAUCCGAUGACUUACUCCUUUUGGCUCCUCUUGACUUUCAUUGUUUUAUAGAGGUCUCACGAGGGGAUUGUUACUGGUUUCGUUUUUUGCUGAGAAGAAAUGGAUAGAACAACUACACCACGUUCAAGGGUUCUCUUUAGGAGCUACUGCCUGAAGAAUUUUUCUAAAUGAAUGACGUCACGGCUUUUAUGAAAAUUCGAUCCAAAUAAAAUCAAAGAAAAUUAGGUAAUUCAAGUGGCUACUUGAGGGGCUGAUCGAAGUUUUCAAAAAUACUUACGUAACAGUUUUUUUCUUUGGAUAUAACUCAAACCUUCCUAGGAACUCUAGAGUGGCCCCUAUAGGGGUAAAGGGAGAAAAACAGCUCUAUAGGUAGGGACCGCAAGCCAUUUCUUCAGAACGAUUCAAAAAAUAUGUUUUUCACAUUGUUCGAUAGAGGAGACUGUCCAUUUUCAUAAUCCGUUUAGUGUUUGAAAAAAGCUCCACUAAGAAAAAAGUUAUGGCCAAAAAACUAGCGCGCGCGGCGUACAACUGGAGGCAAAAUCUCACGGUUUACCCGCUGCCGCACGCUUUCUUUUUAAAUGUUUUUGCGCAUUUCUGAACCGUUUUCGAAUCAAUUUUCUGUUCUGAGAGGUUGUCCGAACUGAGCUUCAUGUUUUUGGUAUGAAUCUUUUUGUACAAUCCUCAUAAGAAUUUUUUUGAUAAAAUAUCAAAAAAACUACUUAGAAAAAAAGGUCAGAAGGAAUUUUUCAGCUUAUUUUUUUCUUUUUUUCUAAUCAGAAAAAAAUUAUUAUCAUUCGAUUUGGAAAAAAAGAAAAAAAUGAAAAAAAUAAUGUUAUUUCGAAAUAAAACAGGAAAAAGUGCCAUUUGACUCCGAAAAACGGCUCCUGCGACAUUUAAAAGGACGCAUCGGUGUGUUUGACGCAAACACUGCUACGGACACUUGCACGAAUUCUUCCAAAAUUUCAAAAAAAAAAUUGCCAUUUUUUCGAGGUUUUCAAAGCCGUUAUUUUUUUCGCGUCGAUCGAUUUUUUUCAUAAUUUUUUUCAUUGAUAGAGUUUUUGAACGCUUAAUAACCUGAUCAAAAAAAUAUAGACGCGAUCCUAUUCUCUCAUGCGUCAACGAGGGCAGACGAAAAAAAGGAGGUUUUGGUAAAACUCAAAUAUAAUUUAAUUCGCUGUCCCAAUAAUUAUUUUUCAUUCUGAAUUUUUUUAUUUUUUUGGACACACUGUUAGUUUUCAAAUCAAAUAAAAAGUAUACCAUGUCGCUGAAAUUUUUUUCGCAUUUCAGCUUCAAAGUUUGGUGUCACUUUACAAGCUUUAAUAUUUUUUUCGCGUCGGUAGAUUUUUUUUAUUUUCACUCAAAAAAUAAAGAAAGUGUUAAUGUAUAACAUACUUAAAAUUUAGAAGCGUUCCUCACUUGGUUUUCUGAAACGCGACGAUUUUGUGAAACUUGUCAGUUUUUUUCGUGUUAAAUCUUACUUUUUCGCUUAUUUUUGAAAAAAACAUAGUUUUAAAAAUAUUCAGUCUUGUAGAGCGUUGUCGAUUACAUAGAUUAACAGAAACAGUUCAUUUUUAAAGUGGGACUUUAGCUAGUAUAAACGCCUCAAAACCGUUUUUGCAACAAAAAAAUCGUCAUUUUGGUGGCGUGAAGGGGCGAGGGCUUUGCGCCCCCUAUCUAUAGGGACCGAAAAAGUGGUCUCUAUAGGGGUAAAAUCAAAGUGGUCCUUAUAGGGUUCUUUCAACUUUUUUUAAAAAACGCAUAUAUAUUUAAUGCAUAAGUCAUCAAAAUAAUCGAUAGCAUGUCCCCUAUAGGGGCGACUAACUAUAACCCCUAUCAGGACCACUUUUGCAAGCUUUAGUAACUCCUGAAGGGGUUGGUGAAGUGAUCCCUAGAGGUGACGCUCUAAGGGUCUCUAAGGUUGCCCCUAUAGGGAUUACUCUGGAGUUCCUGAGGGUAUCGCAAACCGCAAGCGCCCGGGACGUGUCCGAGCAUUCUUAGAGAAUUGCUCAGAAACGCCCAGAGCGGGUCCGAGUAGUUUUUAAAAGAGCAAGUCAAGGGACCGCUUGAGAAGCACUGACUGGAGUGUUACUUCUAGGAAAUUUCAGCAGAAAAACCUAAGUGAUCACUUGAGGUACUGAGAUUCUUAGGUGAGCAUUUUUUGUCAUAUUCGGCGAGGACCUUCUCCUCAAACAACAAGAACCCGUCUGUCGUGUCGGUUUUGUCUUGCGGUGCAUAGUUAGUGGCGCUUGACAGCGGCAGCGGAACACACGAUUUCCGGCCGGAGACCCUCUGAUUGUCUUCUUCUUCUUCUCGAGCUCCUCCUCCCUCUUGGCGACUGUCGCAACCUUAUAGAAGAAGCCGCGAAAAGAAGGAGGAGGAGGAGGUCAAUUGGGGUUACGCGUGGUGGCGCCUCAAUUAACAAGUACGACACAGCCUGAAAAAUGAAGAAGAAUGCUCCCUGCCAGGUGCCGCUCAUUUUUAAUUGGCAAUUAUGCGCUGCUGCACAGCUUCUCUACUUUUUUUUCUAAGAACGUCUUGUUCAAUUUUUCAAAAUUUGAACUUUCGACGCAGAAAAUGGAGAAAAGGGAGUUUUUCGAUCUUUUAAGGUAUAAAGCAGAGAAAACGGGAUUUAUCUGGAUUCGAAUCAAAUAAUUUUUUUAGAAAAAAUUAAGAGAUCAAAAAAUCGGCAAAAAAAGCGGAGAAUUAGUUUGAACUGAAUUCAGGACGUUCACUAAAAAAAAUAAAAUCUUGAAAUUAAGAUUUUUUUGAAAAAAAUAACAGGGGUCUUUUUUUCAGUUCAAAUAGUAUUAUAGCUGAAAAAAAGGAGAUAAGAAUAACAUUUCCAGGAUUUUUUUCGAGGAAUCGACGACUUUUUUUAAUAGUCCUGUUGGAAGGUUUCUUCACAAAAAUCACAAAAGUUGAAAUAUGAAAAUUCUUUUUAAAAAUUAUUUUAACAGUAUUCAAAAACUCUGGCCUAACCAAUUUUCUGUCCUUAAUUGGAAGUAAAGCAGUGAAAUUUGGGAUUUCGAUGACCCUUCUUGAAUUUUUUUUAGGAAAACAAGACAAGUUCAAAGUUAGUAAAAGGAUAUCCCCCCUCAAAAACCACCGAUCGAAAAAUGAAGUACUGCCCCAGUAGUGCCAGGACACACAUUUAAACAAAAUAGUCCAACUAUAAAUUAUUCACUGUAGACUGAAGACCUCAGAAUCAAGAAGAAUCGAAUCAGAAGACGUGCUCGUAAUAAAUUUAUGUGGUUGCUUGUGCUUUUGAAAUUUUUUUACGAACAAAAAAACAAGUUUAAAAAAAGUAGUGAGAUGACCCCCUCCCGGGAAAAAAUCCGACCCAAAAAAAUUCAGUACUAUACCUACUACUCGCGUAGCGUCAGGACACACAUUAAAAUAAACUUUUCCAGAUAGAAAUUAUUCACUGUAGACUGAAGACCUCAGAAUCAAGAAGAAUCGAAUCAGAAGACGUGUUCGUAAUGAAUGUAUGCAUAUUCAAGCGGAAGCACUUGAUUAACUUAUUGACCUAUUCGAGUAACUCAAUCAGUUCGAGUCAAUUCGGCUAAUCUCCCGUAAUUGCUAGCUUCUCCCAGGGAUAAGACACACAGUUUGGUGACCUUAAACGUUGCCCACCUGUUGUUGGGUGUUUUUUACCUGUUUCACCUGUCUUUUCUAAAUGUCUUGGGUCGUUGGAGAGAAAUACGUUGGGUUUCGAGACAAAUCACUGUGCCACCGUGUUAAUGGGCUAAUUGCCGGGUGGAGCCUUGACGAACCAAUUGGGCCCUAAUCGGCUUCCAGCGUGUUUGUACACGCUUUUUGAAGCUUUGGGGGAUUCUCGAUAGGCCUUUUUUUAUUUUUAGUUGCCAAAACGGUUUUUUUGAGUGAAGGAUACAGUAAGAAAAAGCUUCGAUAACAUAGUAUUUUUUUCAUAAAGUUAUAUACUUUUUUGAGAAAAAAAGCAAGAUUCAAACUCUGCCUAACCCCCCUGCCAUUUUUUUGAUUCCAAGAAAUUAGAAUGACUUUCAGACCUGAAGGCUUCAAGCUUAAAAAGUCAUUUUAACUCCUUAGAAUUUAAUUUUUCAUUUCAAGGUCUUUUUCGUUUUUUUCAAGCUUUUCAUCAAAGUUUUUCAAGGAAAUCAAGUGACAUUUUGGAAAAAAAUAGGUCUUGAGAAGGAAAAAAAGUAUAAAAUUAUUGUUCAAAAAAACCGGAGGAUUCGGCCCUUUUUUUCCUUCUGAACGACGGUUUUUUUGAGAUCAUUCAGGCUUUUUUUCCCAACAUUUGUAGACUUUUUUCUCAAAUUUUUGAUACCGAGGUUAAAAUUUUCAUAUCAAAAGUGUGUUGUAAAGCGGUAACAGACAAGGUUUUCUGUUUUUAAGCCGAUUUUAAAAGUUUCAUUUUUCUGGAAUACGGUAGACGAUGCUUUGUUGCGGACGGCGACCCAUUGAAUUGGCUCAAUUAGCUCGUUUUCGCGUGUGCUUUUCGUCUUUCUUCCCACUAUUUGGCUGAAUUUCAAAACAAAGAAUUGUGGAUUGCGUGACGAAGAUUUUUGGGCUUUGAGAGGGGAAAUGAAGAGGAUUUUCGUUGAUUUGUUGUUAUGAUUUCAAAAAUCACCGGAAUGAAUUUUUUUUUAAAUUUAAAUCAAGGCUUAUCUCAGUAUAACUGGAUGAAAAAGGAGGACCUACAGUAUCCUUUUCAACCUCGUCCAACUUUCGUGGUGGGACCUCAUUUUAAAUUUUGAGGGAAGCAUUUGGUCCCGUUUAGCAGAAAUUUGAAGAAAAAUAAAUAAAAAGUGUCAAAUCUCCUCUAGUGACCGCUCCCAUGAGUUUUGCUUCAGUUUCCUUUUUUUCCUUGAAAGAAAAAUGUUCUAUCUUUUCCAUUGACUGAACAGGAAACACUGUGAAAAAAUAAUGAAGAUUUAAAAGUCAGAAGCUUUUUUCCAGAUCCCUAUCAAAUCUUGGGUCCAACCAGCCGCAGUUUGGCGCAUUCCGGCAGCGGUCAGACGCAGUUGUGGCAGUUUUUGUUGGAACUGCUGUCGGAUAACCGGAACUCGGAGGUCAUCACCUGGGAAGGCACCAACGGAGAGUUCAAACUCGUCGAUCCGGAUGAGGUCGCCAGGUUUGUGUCAAGUUUUUGGAAAAGAAGCUCGAGAAAGGAAAAGAAGCUCGAGAAAGUGAGAGUCUUAGGUGAAGCUGUAAAAAAAGAUUAGUUGAAGUUUUCUAGCAGUCCUGAAACUUGAGAAAAAUACAUUUAAAUCGAAAAAGAAGCUUUAAAAAUUUCAUUUAUUGCAUACCUGAAAUUUCAGAAAAACAGUUUCUUGAAUCAAGAAAAAAAGGUUGAAAUUUUUUUCAAAAAUUUUCAGGUGAAUUCGCGAAAAAAAUCCAAGUCUUCAAGUAGCUCCAGAAACAUUAUUUUUCAACCUUUUUUGUUUUUUUUUUUUCACAAAAUUUUCAUCUGUAAGAGCCUAGGAAAAAAAGCAAAAUUUGCAAGAAAUCAAAAAUUUGACUGUGAACAAAUAUUUUUUCGCCCAAAAAAUCAAAAUUGAAUCGAACUGAUCUCGAGAUUAUAUUUCUAGUGUUCUUGGUUGACAAAUUGUACAAGUCUCAACCGUUUCAGAAAAUGGGGCGAACGGAAAUCCAAGCCCAACAUGAACUACGACAAAAUGUCGCGAGCCCUUCGAUACUACUAUGAUAAGAAUAUCAUGGCGAAGGUCCAUGGGAAACGAUACGCCUACAAGUUCGAUUUCCAAGGUGAGAAUUUGAAGAAUAGGAAAAAGGCAAUGGAUAUGAUAUAAUUCAAGGGAAAACUGUCCUCUAACGGAAAUAAUCACAUAGAAAAAAUAAUUAAAGAUUGAAAAUUACACUCGCAUGAUGUCUGAAGCUUCCUGAAGGCAUUUUUUGCUUCUUUUAACUUUUCCCACCCUUUCUUGAGCCUUGAAAAACCUAGCAAUGUUUAGAGGGUUGAAAAUAAGCGCAAAACGGGAACCUUUUAUCAACCUUUUUGCUACCUUUUUUUCUCUCAAACAAAUGUUCCAGGAAUCGCCGCCGCCCUCCAGCCCCAAGCCACGUCCUCCCCUCAGGACUACUUCAGUACCCAGGCUGUCAAUCGGUUACAGCAGGACUUUGGCUGGACGGCCGCCAAUUAUCGUUCCCUCAUUCCUACCGGUUUCAAUGUGAGUAGAUAAUCCAUUUUUCUCGGCUUGAAAUGGUCGGAUUACGGUUGCGCUUUCGCGCAAAUUCAAAAAUUUCAAAUUGGCGCCAAAAAUCUUUGUAUACGCUUUGCAAUUGAAAUGCAAAUGCCGCAUGGUUAUCUCGUCAAAUUUUUCUUCGAAUUUUCAACCAAAACAAAACAUUUAAUUUUUUUUCUGUUUCAGGCCAACCCUACCAUCUUCAAUCCUUCGAUGGGUUACGGUGGUUUUGGAGCCGGUAACGCCGCCGCCGCCGCAGCUGCACUCCCGGGAGCUCGAGCAUUUCCGCUCUAUCGAUAA